AUGAAUGAACAUCGAUCUCAUCUUCAAGAUUUACCAGUGGAACUUUUUCUUCAUAUUUUUGAAUAUCUUGCUCCGCAUGAUCUACUUAAUGCUUUCAAAAAUCUCAAUCGACGAUUUAACAUUAUGCUUACUCAGCAGUCACUAUGUUUACCAAAUAAUCGACAAAUGAGUGUUCAUUUAUAUCUUUAUUAUUUAAAGGAAAUUGUUAGCAAACAUGCUUCACAAAUUGUUUAUCUUCAUUUAUCUGAACGAAAUGCACCACAUGCAUUGAAUUAUUUUCUGUCUGAAGUGCCAUUAAAUAAUCUUGUUUGGUCAGCAUUAAAAGCAGUGACCAUUGAAGAUGUUCCACGUCACGUUCUUGAAAUACUCCUUUAUGAUUGCUCAUUCUUAUCUAAAAUUCAUUCAUUAUCACUCGAUGUUGGUUACCAUCGAUUUCAUUGUGAGGAAUAUGAUGAAUGUUAUGAUUUUGGCAUUGUUAUUCCAGUUCUCAACUGCUUGUCUCAAUUAAAUUCGCUAUAUUUACGAAUUGCCAGUCGUGUCGGUGAGAAUUAUACAACGAUAUUUAGUGAAAGCUGUCCUCCUAUGUCUAUUCAUCAAAAUUUACAAACUCUUUCAAUAGUUGAAUGUUCAAGAGAAUUACUGACUGAACUGUUGAAUAAUGGUCAUCUACCAAAAUUACAACAUCUACGCGUUGUUUUUCCAAUGACUUAUGCCAAUAUCGAGAAAGAAUUGUCACGUCCAAUUCCAUUGAAACAAGCAUUUGCACCUGAACUACGUCACGUCAAUGUAGAAAUUUUUACAGGUGUAGCUUGGGUUUUAACUUUUUUCGAAGAUCUUCAACGAUACAGUCAACUUGAUCAAUUAAUUAUGUCAGGUUAUGAAAGAUUCGCUGAUAAUAGUCAUUUUCCACGAGUAACAACAUUACGUCAAUGGGUAACAUUGACAAAAUCGAAGAUAUUUAAAUUUCAGCUGAACUUGUGCACAAUUUAUGCGUAUAGUAAUAAUGAAAUUACAGAAGAAAUCUUUGCUGAAUAUCGACAAGCAACUGGUGAAGAAUCUGUAGCACAAUAUGGAAAAAUAAAUCUUUCUUAUCCAACAAUGUCAUUUUCACAUCCACUGGAGACGGAUGAUAACGAAUGGGAAGAUCUUGAUAGUAGUAAUGAUUCAACAAAGAGUUUUGAAUGCGUUCGAGAUGCACCAGUGGACAAUCAUAUUGAAGAAAUGGAUAUUUUUGAACUGGAUUAUGUCGAAGAUGAACGGCUUGCACAAUUGGAAGCAAUAUCUUGUUGGUAUCGUUUAAGGAAAAUAAAUCUCGAAGGCGAUUGGCCAGAUGAUAAUGGUGAUGUUGGCGAAAAUAUUUCGCAUUUACUUCAUAUCGCUCAACGAUCACCGUAUUUACGUGAACUAUAUAUCAAAUCAGAUCUAGAUUAUGGUUAUGUUCUUUGCUUGAAUAAACAAUUGGGAAUGUUACUCAGUCAACAGCUUGAAGUCUUACAUUUUAAUGCUGAACAAGCUAAUAGUUCAUUUGGUGAUCUUGUUCGUAUUAUUGAUAAGUUAUUUAGUUAUGGUCAAUCAUCACCUUGUUUAAAACAAUUAAUCUUAGACAUUGAUGCACAUCUGGAUUCCUGGCUUUCUACUCGUCAUUUGGUUCGUUGGUUAGGAAAAAUAUUUAAACGUUUUCCAUCACUUAUUCGUUUGACUCUAAGUUGUAAAGAUGAGGAAGCUUGUCGAAAUAGUGAAGAAAAUUUAUCGACAUUAGCUCCUGAAUGGUAUGUCUACUCGUUACUCUAUCGAAAGAAAUGGAUGCGUUCAUUGAAAUAUCGACAUAAACCACAUUUAAUUGAAAUUUGGUUGUAA